CUCAAAAGCCCUGUCGUGCACACCGCAAUGUAUUAUGGAGUGAACUACAUAAAGAGUCGUUCAGCCAUGUGUUAACAACUAUCUGAGCACUCACACAUGAGCAAUCAUCAUCGUUCAAUUAUUAGUCUGGUUCAACUCAGAACCGAUAACAUCGGUUUGUUUGCAGGUUAACAACAGCUGAAAUCGUUCGAGUGGAACGCUACUUCAAAUUGGUUUCCACGCAGGGGGUGUGCAAUUUGACACUGACCGUCACAAGCAAGCAGUGUGGCAAGGCCACUUGGUGAUGGUCAAUUUCCGCGGAAAACGCGUGUUUUCACGAUCAUUAACAACUCACUGAUAGGCUAGACUGUGUGGGAAAACUUGACACCGGAAAGCCGGUGAGGAAAUUGCACUGAACCAUGGAGACGAACAAACCGGCCGAACUACCGGUAUGCCCCGCCGAGAACGCCAGCUUCCUGUCGUACAUAAUGUUCGGCUGGGUGAUACCUAUUUUCUACAAGGGCUCCAAAAAAGAACUCGGUCCCGAAGAUCUCUACCAGCCGCUGAAAACACACAAAUCUAGCAAUCUGGGCAAUCGGCUCUGUCAUGCGUGGGAGGAAGAGGUGGCAAACAAACGGGCGAAAGGCAAGGAACCAAGCCUCAUGCAAGCUGGAUUCAAAGUAUUCGGCUGGAAUAUUGUGCGGCUCGGUUUAGUACUGCUGGUGUUGGAGUUAGCAUUCAAAGUUACUCAGCCGAUCUUUUUGGGUGCCUUAGUGGCUUACUACUCGAAGCAAAACGGCGACGUUAAUGAGGCUUACCUGUAUGCGGCAGCAGUGGUGCUAUGCAGUGCAAUCAGUGUUCUGUUCAUGCAUUCCUACAUGCUAUCACAGCUUCAUUUGGGUAUGAAACUGCGCGUCGCCGCGUGCAGUAUGAUCUACCGGAAAUCGUUGAGACUAAGCAAAACCGCCCUGGGAGAUACCACCGCCGGACAGGUGGUGAACCUGCUCUCGAACGACGUCGGUCGGCUUGAUUUGGCAGUACUGUUUGUGCACUAUCUUUGGGUUGGUCCUCUGGAGACCGUCAUCGUGACCUACCUGAUGUACAGAGAAAUUGGAAUCUCGGCCAUAUUUGGGGUGAUAUUCCUGCUGCUAUUUAUUCCCCUGCAAGCAUAUCUGGGCAAGAAAACGUCGAUAUUGCGCCUGCAAACGGCACUGCGGACGGACGAACGAGUUCGGCUGAUGAACGAAAUUAUCCAGGGCAUUCAGGUGAUAAAGAUGUACACCUGGGAGAAGCCGUUCGCCAAGCUGGUUUCCAUGGCGAGAAAAAAAGAAAUAAAAGUGAUCCGCUAUGUGUCCUAUAUUCGUGGCAUCUUGCUGUCCUUCAUCAUGUUCACAACCCGUGUUUCGAUCUUCAUCAGCUUAGUUGCGUACGCGCUGCUGGGAAACUUCGUGACAGCGGAAAAGGCCUUCACCAUCACGGCGUACUAUAACAUUCUGCGGGCGACGAUGACCAUCUUUUUCCCUCAGGGAAUAGCACAGUUUGCUGAGGCGGUGGUGUCCGUGCGCCGAAUCCAACAAUUUCUGACCUACGAAGAAGUGGAAGGUGCUCUGGGGGUUUCAAUGACGGACCCCGAUAAGGGUGAUGACGGUGAUGAUUCGAUGGGAAGUAGCGAUGAGGAUGGUGUGAGUACGGGGAAAGAAGUGACAGGGAAGAUAAAGCAGUCCGAAUCGGAUGGAUUGAAGGAGAAUUCCACAACGGUGGAUCACCUUUCCGAGGCCGGAGUAAUAGUCGAUUCCGUUACUGCCCGGUGGGAUCCCAAGGCGACGGAAUAUACCCUGGAAGGAGUGAAUUUACACGUGCAACCUGGUACAUUGGUGGCAGUUAUUGGACCUGUUGGUGCCGGGAAGUCUAGUUUAAUGCAUGCUAUCUUGGGAGAGCUUCCACUCGAGGGUGGUAGCAUUAAAGUGAAUGGAGAAAUAUCGUAUGCCUCUCAGGAACCAUGGCUGUUUUCCGCCUCGAUUAGACAGAAUAUUCUGUUCGGUUUACCGAUGCAGAAGGAACGAUAUAAAAAGGUGGUGAAGACAUGCGCUUUGGAACGAGAUUUUCAGCUGUUUCCCAAUGGUGAUAAGACGAUCGUGGGUGAGAGAGGAGUUUCACUUUCUGGAGGACAGAAAGCUCGUAUAAGCUUGGCUCGCGCAGUUUACCGACGUGCCUCGGUAUACUUACUAGACGAUCCUUUAAGUGCUGUCGAUUCUCACGUAGGACGGCAUUUGUUUGAUCACUGUAUGCGAGACUAUCUCAAGGGAAACAUUGUUAUCUUGAUCACCCAUCAAUUGCAAUACCUGCAAAAUGCUGAUCAAAUUGUGAUUCUCAAACAUGGACGAGUGGAAGCCGUUGGAUCGUACGAUAGUCUGCGUGAGUCUGGUUUAGAUUUUGCCCAGCUUCUGGCCGCACCGUCUGGUAAGGAGGAAGACGACAGCACCGAUACGGAGUCAUUCAAAAAGUCGGGUAGCCUGUACAGACGACAAAGCAGUGAAUCCAGUAUGGAUUCCGCUGCUGCUGCUGAUGGAGAAUCCUCCGAGCCUGCAAUCAAUGAAGAAAAACGGCAGAAAGGUUCUAUUGGAUACGGAAUAUACAGAGCGUACUGCAAAGCCAGUGGGGGCUACACGGUUGUUUUCUUUCUAAUGGUAGCAUUCAUCCUGUCUCAGCUAGCCGCCUCCGGCGGUGACUAUUUUUUGACCUAUUGGGUGAACAAAGAAGAAACACGAGUGAUUGCUACCGGUUUGUCCGCUACAGAUGAGACUAACAAUACGGCAUCAACACUCAACAUGAGCAAUAAUGGAACGGUGCUUGAGAGUAACAAUGGAACCGGAAAUGCUGUGUCAAACAUCUUCAAAGAAUUGUUCAACGCGUUUCAGGGGCUCGCUGAUUCGGACAAUGAUGAGCGAUACAUUGAUAUUUACAUAUUCACCGGAUUGACCGUUGCGACAGUAGUCAUCACAUUGGGCAGAAGUAUGUUCUUCUUCCAGGCUGCAAUGCGCGCAUCCCGUAGGUUGCAUGAUGCAAUGUUCGAUGGUGUGACUCGCGCGACCAUGUUCUUCUUCAACACGAAUCCAUCGGGACGAAUUCUGAACCGCUUUUCGAAAGAUAUGGGUCAAAUCGACGAGUAUUUGCCCUCAGUCACGGUGGAUGUGAUUCAAAUAUUUUUGUCACUGCUCGGGAUUGUUGUGGUGGUCGCUAUCGUCAAUCCAUACAAUCUGAUACCGACGGUUGUAAUCGGAAUCAUCUUUUAUUUCAUGCGCGAGUACUACCUGCUGACGUCUCGUAACGUGAAACGCGUUGAGGCUACCACACGAUCUCCAAUCUACUCCCACCUGUCGGCUUCCCUCUCGGGACUUUCGACCAUUCGUGCCUUUGGAGCGGGAAGAGUCCUCGUUCGUGAGUUCGAUGGUUAUCAGGACCUGCACAGUUCCUCGUUCUAUCUCUUCAUAUCGACAUCACGCGCCUUCGGUUUCUAUCUGGACGUGUUCUGUGUUAUCUAUAUCGCAAUCGUUACGCUAACAUUCUUCGUGGACGGCAAUAGCGGCGGUAAUGUGGGUCUAGCCAUCACCCAGGCCCUCGGGAUGACCGGAAUGGUACAGUGGGGAAUGCGACAAUCGGCAGAAUUGGAGAACACGAUGACCUCGGUGGAACGCGUGGUAGAAUACGAUAACGUUGAUCCAGAACCAGCGCUGGUAGCUAAGGACGAUAAGAAACCACCGAAAGAAUGGCCCCAGGAAGGCCGCGUUAAGUUCGAGAAGCUCUCACUGAGAUACCAUCCGGAUCCCGACAAGGAUCGGGUUCUCAAAGAGCUAGAAUUCGAGAUUCAACCACGUGAAAAGAUUGGAAUCGUUGGGCGCACUGGAGCUGGCAAAUCAUCACUUAUCAACGCACUGUUCCGACUGUCCUACAACGAAGGAUCGAUACUUAUCGAUAGCCAUGAUAUUCACGAGAUGGGUUUACAUGAUCUCCGCGGAAAGCUAUCAAUUAUUCCGCAAGAACCGGUUCUGUUCUCUGGUACGCUACGUUACAACUUGGACCCGUUCGACGAAUAUCCCGAUGAGAAACUGUGGCUCGCUUUGAAGGAAGUUAAGUUGGAAGCUGCUAUCAAUGAGUUGCCUUCGGGACUAUCUUCCAAGAUUAACGAAGGCGGUAGCAACUUCAGUGUCGGCCAACGUCAGCUGGUUUGUUUGGCUCGAGCAAUACUUCGGGAGAAUAAAAUCUUGGUGAUGGAUGAAGCUACAGCGAAUGUAGAUCCACAAACCGACAAACUAAUUCAGCAAACGAUCCGAGAAAAGUUUAACGACUGCACCGUGCUGACGAUUGCACAUCGUUUGAACACGGUUAUGGAUUCAGAUAAGGUGCUGGUAAUGGACGCCGGUCGUUGUGUUGAAUUUGGUACGCCGUACCAGCUGUUGACAGCUGGAAGCGGCCCGAGAAUCUUCUACGCCAUGGUCAAGCAAACCGGGAAAAGUACCUUCGAUAGUUUGUUUAAAAUUGCCAAAGAGGCUUACAACAAGAGAAAUCGAAUCUGAGCGAAUGCGAAAUAGUUCUUAUAUAUCACCAUCAUUAGAAACACAUUUGCACAAGUUGCAUAUCUCAUCACCUAUAGCUCGUAUCCCCAUAAGGUAUGUUUGAUAGAUUGUAGUUUAAAACAGAUAGCAUAUGUUUUCUACACUCGAGAACCGUGAAAGCCAAACAAGAAUCAAAGUUCAUGAAACUGUGCCUCAUAGAAAUAUAACAAGUGCUACUUAAGAACAAUGUUAGUUCUAGGAUUUGAAAUGUGCUUAUAAAAUAUUGAUUUGUGUUAAGUACAAAAUAUUGUAAUUACCCAUUCAGCAUGCUUGAGUUGAUGAAUAAAUGAUAUUCAUUAUACGUAAGACUGGUGCAGAAAUAAUAUUCUAAAUGUAAGCUAGAGAUACACACGGUGCACAAACUUAAAAAAGGUACUUAAAUUGAUCCUAUUUUUUCUACUUUUUUUUUUUGUUAAGUUUGUUUUUCUUUUACACAACAAAGUAUCAAUAGCAUGCGUUAAUGAUUUACAAAAGCGCACUUAUGAUUCUAAUUUUUUAUUUUUCGUCUUCAUUUGUACUCGUACCGAUUACGUUCUAUAUAUUAAAGGAGUGUUAAACUGUG